UACGUCGUAGACACGUCGGCUACGAACCGUUUAUCGGCUACGAAUCGCUACACAAGUUUUGCUACGGUGAAUUAUCGAACUCUGUGAUUUGAUUUUACAGUGAGUGAUGGUGAAUUACAACAGUGACAAAAGGUGAUUUCAGAUUUAUUAUCAACGGAUUUUUGGAGAUGAUUUUAAUUGACUGAAUUGAAGUUAUUGGUAGAAGGUAUGCGGGCUCGCAAGGUCCCCGCUACCUUGCUACUGUUGCUCUUUGCAAUAGAAGCUCUAGACGCAAACAGAAGGAAGCAAAAAGAAAAAAUAGUGCCACAGAUAAUCAACAUCUGCGAUAUUAGUGACAGAGACUCCAAAGUGCAUUGCUACUGUGAAUUCAGCCAAGAAAUAAACGAAGCCACUAAGACCGAAUGCUGGGUCUUCAACGGAGGUAUAGAGAAAACAGAUCCUUUAUGGACAAGUUUCAGUUCUCAAUCAAAUAUAGAAACGCUAGCCUUCAACGUAAGAGCAGACGGAGGAUUAGACUUUGUACCAACGAAAGUGCUCAGAUAUUUGAGGAAACUGAAACAUGUUAGCAUGAAAUACAGUUCAAUUCCAAAAAUAGAACCGAACACAUUCGUUAAUACAAGUUCGGUACAAGAGAUAACACUUACGAAGAAUCAAAUUUCGUUUCUAAGUAAACAUUCUUUUUAUAACCUUCCUAACCUCACUGUUCUAACAUUGGACGAGAACAGAAUAAAAGAGAUCGUAACUGAUACUUUUUAUGAGCUGCCCGCAUUACAGAAGUUGUAUUUAACCAGUAAUAAUAUAAGCGUGAUCCAAGAUGGAGCAUUUCGUCUUCUUGUAAAUUUAUUGGAACUAGAAUUAGAUAGAAAUAAUAUUAGCGAGUUAAGAAAAGAAUGUUUCGAUGGGCUGGCUAAUUUGAAGCGGCUGGGUUUAAGAAGGAAUAAAUUGUCCGUUUUAAAUUCUUUUACGUUUACUGAACUGUGGAAUUUGCAGACUCUUCUGUUAGAUUACAAUGAUAUUUACAUAUUGGCACAGAGGACGUUUGAUGGAUUGUCACAGUUGAAAAAAUUGAGUAUGAGUCAUAACAAACUGGUGACAUUAGCUGGAGGUCUAUUCGAAGGAGUUAGAGGACUGGCAGCUUUGGAUUUGAGGCGCAAUAAGUUAAAGAGGUUUACUAUGGACAACAUUCGACCGAUAUAUGACAAUCUGAAGAAUCAGAACAGUUAUAUCUACUUAGAAGGUAACGAAUUCGCUUGUGACUGCCACCUGGCAUGGAUGCACAAACUCCGGCAAGAAACAAAAAGCGGAAAAAUACGAACUUCUUUUGAAAACUUCGUAUGUAAAUUAAACGGUGACCCAUCAUCAAAUUCACACUUCACUUAUUUCGAACGCAGCGUGAUGAAUAAUAAUCUUGAAGAAAAAAAAGAUUACCCUGAUACAGACGAUGUUUUCCAUGACGAAAUAGACGAUGCUUAUGCUGAAGAUACUAAAGUUGUCAGAGCGGAGAAUGAGAGAAUAUUAUUACAAAUACCGAUUGAUUUAUUGCCCUGUCCUGUGGACGUGAAAACGGUGACAGAUAGAACAUAUACAUACCCUUCACAGAACGAGGCGAAAGAUUACAGAAAUCUUAUACAGACAUCCAAAUUAUCGACGGUUCACAAAAAUAUUCCCAUUUUCCUCCUUCUCGGACAUUUAUUAUUUACGACAUUGGGACUUUUAUAUUAGGUAACGUUUUUUGGUGACUGGGGAAAAUGUAAAUAAAUAAAUAUUGUACUUAGAUGUAUUUUAAGCCAGGCCAGGUCUAGUGAGAAUCAGAUACAUCUGAUGUCAAUGUUGAAUGUAUUUACAGUUCAAAGCUUAAAUAAUCUGUUUGAAACAAGACACAAAUGCAAAUCGGUUUAAUGUAAAUAGUUAGUUAUAUAUACGGUUAUGUAAAAAUGUGAUAUAAACAUAAGUGUAAUUAUAUAUAAUAUUUAAAGUACAGUAAUUAAAUUAUUGUAAUUUUCUAUGGAGUUCUAUGGAAUAAAAUUGUUUAAACUUUCUCACAUACAAAAUAUUUUAAAUUUUUUGGAAUACAAUAUAAAGUAAACAAAAAAAUAUGUAAAAAGAGCAAAGUUUUACUAUCUUGUGUAAAUAUAUAAAAUAUUUAGGUAUAUCUAAGCAGAUAAGUAUCGGAUUUAUCUAGAAGAGUUUUGAAAAUGACUCGUUCACAUGUUAAUUUGUUUCGGAAAUGUAUUAAUUUAUAUUUUAAACAAAGUAAUACAAUUUAUAUUUAUGAAUAUUAUUCAAUGGUAGUUAAUUUUAAUGAGACAAAUCAAUUGAUAUGUGACAUCAAAGAUUUAUGCAGAGAUAUAAAAACAUAUUUUGUUCUUAUACGCUGCAGGCAAUAGAGAAAAGACGAGGAAAGAUGUUUGGACGCAUUAUCAAUACGACACGAUAACAAGUUCUUAGAUAGAAGAGAAAGUUGAAGCUUGGAAAAGGAAAGCCACAAAGGGCAUUCAUGGAUCAGAAGAAGAAGCAGCCGUAAUGUCGUAUAGGGAGGUAAAAUCUAUGGUAAAAGGUAGAUGUAAAUGGAGGCAGCUCCACCAACAAGAACUACGUUUUCAAAUGCUUGAUAAUGAAGAUUUAUGAAUAUGUGUGAUAGACUAAAAGUAACUAUAAAAAAAAAACAAUUAUAUAAAAUAAUUCAAGAAAUAGUAUCAUAAAACCCGAUUUAUUGUUUAUAAGAAAUUAAUUAAAAGUUAUGGAAUUCGUUAAAAGUUAUCAACAGACCAUUCAGAUUUAAAUUUCAUUGGAUGCUUACAAAAGUUUUUUUGUUAUGUUAAAUUUAUAACGUUACGUAACGUAACGUUAUGUAUUGUUUUUAUUUAAUAUUUCUUAUUGCUGACAAAAUUCUUAUUAUUUUCCAGAUUUUGUAUCUACUUGCUUGUAAAAUUACAAAAAAUACCAAUAAAAAAUACUGGGUCGUAUUCGUAAAGACUCUUUUGUUAAAUUUCCACUUAAAAUUAUAUGUAACACCAAUAAACUAUAGGCAAAUUCUAAAGCUGUAUCAAUUCUCAUAAACUAAUAUUGUUUUAUGUAAAUUGCUUUUGUGUUUUGAAAUGAGUCCGGUGUCAUUUUGUGGUUGUAUGGUAAAGCAAAUUUGAAGUAUUGUGGCUUUACAACCAAUAGCUUUACUAACAAUGGUUCGCUUUAGAAUAUAUUGAAUAUCGAUACUAUUAACAGUUCAGGACGAGGCAAUACUAAAAUUUUAAUUUAAUCACAAUUUAAAAAGUUAACCAUUACCAAUCUAUAAUAUAUUAAUUUUAAUAAUCAAACUAUCAAUGGUCUAUCGAUUGAUAAUACGAAUAAAGCUCCUUUUUUUAAUUUUGAUCUUGAAAUUGUAUUCGUUUUAUCUUUUUAUGUUGGCAUUUCGACAAUUACACCGCAAAUAGCAUUGGUUCGUUCGACAGUACCUAAUUUGUUACGGUUUUGACUAUUCUCACACUAGUGGUCUGGGCUAAUGUUUCGAAAAUAUAUAAUAGCAAGUAUGCAUAGAUAGAUUUAUUAAAAAAUAUAUAUAUAAUCAAAGUAUUCACUCCCAAUUAUAUAUGCAAAUUUGUGAUGCGUCUCUUCAGCUUUUAAAUUGUCCACUGAAAAUGACACUUCUCUAUAAAUUAUUUUAUUGUAACUGUUGGCAUAUUUUCAUUCAGAAAAUGUUGUGUAUAAACAUGAUCAUACAUUAUCAGUAGAAAUUUAAACAGAACACAGGAAUGUAUAAAGAUAAAAACCACAUCUUCCUUCCACACGAGACAUACGGACAUAAAUUGCGAGUUAAAUAAAAGCUUGUAAAAAUACUUUCAAACAUAAUUUUGUGAACAAGAUCAGUUCAAAGAAUAAAAAUGAACUCUAAAAGAAAUAUAAUUAAAGAAAAACAAUUCUAAUUAUUGAGAAAAGGAGAGGCACUUUUGAUAAAAUUUUCCUUAAUAAGCACUUUAUAUAUAAUAUAAAAUCAUUUUAUUAUUGGUGAAAAAUAGUUUUAUCAACAACUAAAGUUUAUUUGAAGUAUGAAUAAAUUUAGAGCUAAGUUAUUUAAGUAAAUUAUUUGUAGCUCAAUUGAAUCGGAGUAGAUAGGAGAUGUAUUUCGAUAAAUAAUUGGGUAAUUGGACAGUUAAAGAUAACUUAUUUUAUUUAACUUCAUUAAACUUUGAAAUGACGCUGAAUUAAAUAAACUUCUAUUUCGUUUUAGUUAAGCAUUUAAUUUGUAACUUUAAGCAGUGGCAAUAUACGUGUAUUAUUGUUUUGUGAAAACAUAAAUUAUGUUAAAAAUAUUGGAUCAUUAAUUUUUACAGUUGUAAAUAAUCAAUCAUAACUUAACUCUUUUCACUUAUUACAAAUCACAUGAAAUGUAAGUACAUUGAAAGAAAUCAAAUUACGAAAAAAAUAUUUUUCAAUAAGUUCCCUUCAGUUCAGAUUAAUAUUAUAUUUAUAACAAUUAUGGAAACUGUGAUUAACCUACUAAUUCCCGUACGGCCCGAUCUGACGUGAUGCUAUAGUUGUUCAAUUGUUUUUAUUAUCUCCAGGAUCAAAGGGUACGGUAAGAAACUAUAAGAUUAGAACAUAAGAGUUUAUAAUCAUAAUGAGAUAAAAUAUAAAUAAAUAUAAAUAUAUUAGGACGAAUCACACAGAUUGAGUUAGCCCCAAAGUAAGUUCGAGACUUGUGUUAUGGGAUACUAAUUCAACGAUACUAUAUUUUAUAACAAAUACAUAUAUAGAUAAACAUCCAAGAACCGGGCCAAUCAGAAAAAGAUCAUUUUCCAUCAUGACCCGACCGGGGAUCGAACCCGGGACCUCUCGGUUCAGUGGCGAGAACUUUGCCACUGCGCCACCGAGGUCGUCAAGAUAUAUUUUAUAUUUCCAAAUAUUAUAUUCUUAAUAUUCUGUGCGCGUUUGCAGAUAUUUGGGACUUGCCGUGUUAGCUCGCUGGCAUUUAUUACAUGUAAGAUACGCAGAUUGUCUACGUAUUUUACUAAUACUGCAUUAUUAGAUUAUAGGUAUUAUUAAUAAAACUUAUGUCUAUCAAUAGUCUGAAAUAAACGUAUUACUAUUGAAACAAACAAUGUCACGUAAAUUGCCAUUUCUCAAAGAACAUGUAUUAAACUCUAAUGUACAUAAUCCGUUGUAAAGUAUUUAUUACUUUAAAAUAAUUUCAUUAAAAGUUGAU